UUGAAAAUUGUAGCCUGCAUCAAUCACAGUGGUUUUCUUUGUAUCAUCACUCUUAAGUCUAAGCUAUUUUGUGAAUCCGAACUUAUGCUGCUCAGGAACAGAUCAAGAGCUGUAACCAAGCCAAGCUUGAUGGGUGAUCACAGCUCCCUGCCAUGUCCAAAUCAGAAUUUUGCAAGAACUGUUCCUUCUAUAUUUGGCUCACCAAAAUUUAGAGACUUUACUGUGAAGUGUCUUUCAGGAGCUGAGGCUUUGAGGAGUCCCACAUCAAUUCUUGACACCAGAGCCUUAUCACCAUUUGGGCAUCAUUUGUUACAUGAAAACAAGACUGAAUCUAUUAUCUCCCCAAGAAUGCACUCAGAAAAGAGAAGCUCAUGGGAGAAGAUGGACUCAAAAGGCAUUGGUCUUGCUCUUGUGGGUGCACUUAAAGAUGAGCCUAUUCAUCAGAAUUCUGCUAAACCAAGCAGUGGAAAUGUUCUGUUUGGAACUAAUCUCAGAGUGAAAAUCCCUCCCUUGCCACCACCUUCAUUCGAGUCUAAAACAAGUGUUCUCACUUUGAGUGAGAUGGAGCUUUCUGAGGAGUACACAUGUGUGAUAUCACAUGGACCUAAUCCAAGAACAACCCAUAUAUUUGACAAUUGUAUUGUGGAAAAUUACUGUUCUCUGCCUAAUAAUCCACACUGUCCUUUGCUGAAUUUCCUUAGCUUCUGUUACACUUGCAAGAACCGACUUGAGGAGACAAAGGACAUCUUUAUUUACAGAGGAGAGAAAGCUUUCUGCAGUCAAGAAUGUCGCCACCAAGAGAUUGUACUAGAUGAAGCAGAAUUUGACAGAUACUAA